CUUUGUUUUUUAUUUAAGGAGAAGUGGAACUCUACGGAAAAAAGGUGUCGAUUUGUUUACCAAGUUCAUCAUGUGACGGGAGGUGUGGCUCUCUGUUGGAUGAAACCAGUACGUGUAGUUGUGAUGCUGAAUGUACAAUAUUUGGGGACUGCUGCUACGAUUCUGACAAAUGCCAGUUAGUAUCUCAAAACAAGACAACGCUACAUCCCAAAUCAACACUAGCCAUCAAACAGACUGAAUGUUUUAAUACCGAUCCAGAAACACCCGAGACAGGAUAUCACGUCAUUUCUACGUGUUUAGACAAAUCAACUGACGAAAGAGUUUUGUUAAAAUGUGAACAACCGGACUCACGUUACAUUAUACAGCAAGUCCCUGUAACUGAUUCUCGUGGAAGUGUAUAUCGAAAUAUUUAUUGCGCAGCUUGCGACGGCAUCCAGGUAACAGACCUAUUUGCUUGGCGUAUGACUGCGUCCUGUGAUACAGAUGAACUUCAGCGUACGGUUGACGCCGAAGAAACUGGGUCUGGCACGAGUGCCACUCCAACAAAUAUUCCACAAAAGACGUUGUAUGACAAACUAGGAAAAGACGUGUUUUGUCGGUCAUACAAAUACACACCCCCAAAAGACAGAAAACCUCCCCGAAUCUGUCAUAGGUUACGGAAAGUGUGUCCUGAACAUUAUGGGAAUGAAGAAAUUAAAAUCGGAUGUGCUGCUUAUUCAGCUACGGUGUUUGUUACUGAUACUGCAUAUAAGAAUCCACAUUGUGUCAUCUGUAACGGAUACCAUAAUUCAUACAGUUGUGAGAAACUUGAUGAGCCAAAUUUGCAACCUCGUCCACAAGGUCCACCCGGUUCCCCUGGCCCACAUGGUCCAUCUGGGCCACAGGGUCCCUCAGGUCCAUCUGGCCCAAAUGCUCGACCUGGUCCAUCUGGACCACAAGGUCGACCUGGUCCAUCUGGCCCGCAGGGUCCACCUGGUGAACCGGGCCCAACAGGUCCCCAUUAUACAACAUUAGACAUACUCGUCAACUUUGCUGACGGAAAAAUCAGCUUACAAUCAGAAUACCAUACGUACACAGAGAGUCCUUUAGAUUGUGGUAUAGGUAAAGUUUAUAAUUACAUCAUGGAAGAAUGCAUAGACCUGCAAUGUGACGUUGGCUAUACCCUAUCUGGAUCAACAUGCGUUGUCAGCCUCGACCCAGUGAAGGAGACUCCCAGUGAAUGUAGUUACAAACCUCCUUUGAUCUCUAGUGAAAUGUUCUGCUUGUGUCAAACUGACGAGCAGUUUGUAAGUAUAACAUAUCUGACGAACGAUAACACGUCCACAUCAAAUAGUUUAAAAGAGCAUGUGAUAGGAAGUACAUCCGGAACCAAUAUUACUGUUUCUAACCAGUCGGUUAAGCAUUUUCCAGAUAACAGUGGUCUAUUUCAUGUUACAUUUGCGACAACUGAGUGCCAAGAAGUCGCCUACUUGUCAUCAGUUGUUAGCAAAUGGCUUUACACAGACGACACAGGGAUUUCAUUGUUGAAUUACGUAGCAUUCGUACAUCAGUGUUGGAACAGUACGAAUGCAUUUAGGAAUGCCAAUUGUGAAAUUGAAACUAUAUCUGCUAACCAAAUAGAUGUAAUUAAUUCUAGUAGAACGAGGGUUCUCAAGAAUAAAAAUGAAUCAAUUUACGUUCCAGAUGAUGAAUACACUAUAGAAAUGAUGUACAUUAUAAAAAAUGAUUCCACAAUAUGUGUGAGUGUGACUGUGGAUUCUUGCAUAGAUUCUUCAGCAGAUUCUUGCCCACUAAUCGAACUCGAUCUCGACUCAUUUGUAAAGCACAACAAUAAUAACAAAACCCUAGUGCACGAAGCAACUGGCAAAAUGUUUCCUAUAAGUGAAUACAGUUUAACUACGAAAGGCAGCGUAUUGGUGUGUUCGUUCUUUAGUCAAACCGCAGAAACAAAUGCAACGAUCUUGUUCGUGUAUUCUGGAUCUCUACUAGCAGUGAACAUGACUGGAGUCAUCCUUUCUCUCAUCGGUUUGUUUUUCACUUUCGUAAUACGAUGUGUUUUUGAUGAGCUUCGAACCCAUUCGGGGAAGAUCAUCAUGAACUUGUCCCUAGCUCUAUUUAUCGCUCAGUUAUUGACCCUUGUCCAAGGACAUUUUGUCGGUGAUUCGAAAGCUUGUACUGCGGUUGCAGCUGUCCUUCACUACAUCUGGUUGGUAGCAUUUCUCUGGAUGAACUCAAUGGCGAUCGAUUUGUUCCGCGUCUUCCGCACACUCAAGCUUACCGCUCGAGAUGAAGAUCACAACCGGAUUAUCUACAGAAGAUACAUGAUAUAUAGCUGGUGUACUCCGGCAAUUUUCGUCUGCAUUCUCUUGGGCGUCCACUCUACCGAUUUUUCCGCAUUUUACUUUAAAUAUAGCGAUGAUUCUGUUUGCUGGAUCCGUGACGAGUUUGCAAGCCUCGUCGUUUUUGGUUUGCCGAUCGCUUUGGUUAUUAUUGUAAACCUUGUUUUAUUUAUCUUCACCAUACACGGAAUUAGGAAAGCAAAGCGUUCGACUACUCGUGUCCAGACGAAUGAAUCUAAACGAAAUAUGAUAUCAAAAGAAUUGAAGAUUUAUAUCAGGAUUUCCACUAUAAUGGGUCUCACAUGGCUGUUUGGAUUUCUUGCUUCUUUCGCCGAUCGCGUAGAAAUAUGGUACAUAUUUAUUAUACUGAAUACUUCACAAGGUCUUUUUAUCUUUAUCGCCUUCAAUGUCAAUCGAAACAUGAGGGCGACGUUUAGAAAACAUAAACAAUUACGUCACAGUACAACAACAGGAUACGGAAUGAAGACAAAGAGCAAUUCUAAUGUAACUGAUAACCAGGUUGAGCAUACAAAGAGAUCAAGCCAAAUUUAAAAAUUAAAGAACACAAAAAUGGUAGAUAAACAAUCUGGUGAAUCGGGCUUUUAUAUAUAGAAUACGUGCUAGUAAUAUAUAUUUUUAUCGAUAAAAAGGAAAUUAAAAAAAAAAAAGAAAAAAGAAAACAAACUACCAAAUGGGCGAGUGUCAUGUCCAUUAGACCAAGGAAACCUAUAGGAUAGGCCUAUACGUUAUACGUGCAGAUCCAACUCUCACGCACUUUCUCACAUGCAACUGACUGACACGCUUACACAUUGGAGCUAUAGAUAAGCUGGAAAAGCUUAUAGGUUGCAAAUUGGAAAUCAUAGUAAUUAAUAAUUUUAAAAAAAUAAUAAAUCAGGUUUAAUAUAAACGUAGUACCGUAAGCACAAUAUAAACAAAU